AUGAAAGCGUCACCUCAGUUGUCCAAUGCAACUCUGGUCUCCGAACUCUCUCAACACGAAAAAACCGAGAUCGAGUACAACGGACUCUUCCCCUGUAACGUGUAUGAAUUCCAGGAUAUUGAAGAUCCGGCAACCGCCCGUUCGCUCGGCUAUCAAAAGCCCAAGCAUAUGUGGAUGGCUAAAGAUCAAGCUCUAACCGAAAACCCGAAACCAAACGAUUUGUCAGCUGCAGGUCACACUCCGGUGGAAUUCACUGCUGUCAGUUGCNUGCCGUUCCAACCAGUUUCGGCAAUAGGUAUCGCCUCGUUCACCACCUCCCCUGGUCAUUCAGCCUUCGUGUCUGGUUCACCAUCUACAGUGAGCAGCGGUCAAGGUUUAUCAGUCGCCCUAUCUUCUUCUCUCACCAAUACAAGCAGUAGUCUGUAUAGUCACACACCACCGAAUUCCGGACAUGGAUUCAGCACGACUGGAAGCGCAAGUUCCUGCACGAGUCCCAGUUUGGCCGAAAUGCAGUUAACUAAACACACUGCCAUAGAUGGUUCUACAGAGGAUCCAGUAAAUGACAAAACGACUGAAGUUAAUGAAUCUGACCCUAUAUCUGUCAAUACAACAGACUUUCAUGGCGUUGUUCCAAAACGCAAUCCGAACCCGACAACAGGACGUCGAAAAUCCAACAUAGGCAAAUCGAAAACCGAUCAAGCACUGUCAUCGGCUUCUGGGGUCAAUGUGAGUGAGACUGUUUCUGAAGGCUCGGUUACUGUAAAACAACCAAGUCAGAAACGACAGAUAGAAGUACGUCGGCGCAACUCCGUCGGAACGAAUAAGCGCAGUCAGUCAAAUCAUGGUCGUCUCACACUCACUCUGUCUUUGUGUUCACUUUCCCAACCUGGAUCUUCACAUUCAACAGAUCAUCAGAAUGUACCAUCCAAAUCAUGUGUGGCAGUAAUACGUCGGCGUAAGUUACGACCAUCAAAGAGUCUCCCUAGCCAAUCGCCCCUUGUUCCUGGUGGUCUAAAAAUACGUCUUCGUCGUGAUUCGGCACCCCUAGAUGUUACUCCGAGUCGUUCAAAACGUGCACGAAACAAGGCCGAAUCUACUGGAACUUUUCGUAUUGUCGAGUCAUGGUGUGAUACAGAUGCUCCUGGUGGAGAAUUUUCCCAGCGUGCCUCGGCCACUGUUUCCACGUCAUCGUCGCCUUCUUUCGCCUUGACGUCCGGCAGUAUACGUGUUGGUGAUAUUGUAUGGGCCAAACUAGCGGGUUAUCCUUAUUGGCCGUCGCGGGUCAGCGCUAUUUGGGCACGAACCGUGCAUCAACUUUCUCAGGCAACUCCUGUACCAAACGCACAACCAAAUGACAGCACCGGUUCGCCGUCUCUUUCUGUGCUGGCUACUCCUGCCGAUCCAACAUUAGCUGCAGGAUACACAGCUCGUGUAGACUGGCUAGCCUGGGAUCAGUGUUCUUAUUUGAGUUGUGCAAAGUUGUAUCCAUUCAAGGAUACUUAUGACAAACUAUAUAAUCCACGUACCCGUGUAAAGGGUUAUGCAGAUGCCGUGCGGUUAGCCAAGCGGUAUUGCUUUGACUCUCAACCCGGAACAGCGGGCAGUGUGGAUUCCCAUUUAACUGACUUGUCUCCACUUAAAACGCUUUCAAACCCACCCAGUCACGCUUCCGCUCCAGCUAGCACGGAUAGCCAAUGGUCCGGGUUGCAUCCAUGCUCUACACUCGAUCCUCCAGUUUCAGUGCAGCAUGCACCUCCUUCUGUCCACUCUUUACCCACAAAUUCCACCGCCACCGAUUUAAUUGACCCCAGUGUCACAUUGUGCCUACCCGAACCCGGUCCGACGGCUGCUGCUGUGAUUGAUCACCCACAUCAUCCUGAAGUUGAGCUGCCAUUACCAAGCGAUCCGGUAGAUGAGCCAAUGGAUCUCUCGGCACUUGGUGGUCUACCUUUAUGGACCCCGUUGCCGCAAUUAGAUGUGUCCGGAUUGGGCGAUUUUGUCACUCACAUGCCUACGUUUUCCGAGGACGAGGAAGAUGAAGUCGAGAAAUCUGUAGCCAGUCAACUUCAGAUAGAUUUCGACGGUUGUAUGUGA